UGAGUUUUUCGUCCAACUGUUCAAGUGCAAUAAAUAACACAGUGGUAAUGCGGAAUAGCUAAUGAAUAAUAGAAAGACUACGAUUUAAAGAGCGAUAAAUACGGCAAAGGGAUACGUGCAGACAAACGGCCAAGCAGAAGUCAACGAUCGAGGGAUUCAGGACGAGGACGCGAGUUAAGGAAGCUAAGGAAGUUAAAGGACUCGCAUCCGGAAUCCUUCAGCGUCCAGCCUCCAAUUCAAACAUCCUCCACAACCUCAACAACAUCCUCCACAUCCUCCAGUAAUCACCAGCAACAGUCAAUCGGACUCGCGAGCUAAAUGUCCAGUUGCCGCUAUCGUUCCAUACGGACGGCGUGUCACUCCCGACAAAUGCGUAUUGUGGUUGACCUUGUUUAAUAUAAUUAUGGCCGAGCGGUCGUUACAAAAGUAUCAGAAAUUGGAUACAGUGACGGUUGGAAGCGGCUCAGGAAGUAGUGCAAGCAGAGCAUCAACAGGACUCCUUAGGCGGGGGGCACUUGGGUCGAAAGGGAGCCCAUCGCUUAGCUGAUAGAAUGGGUGGCCCGAAAAAAGAGGAAAACCCACCAGGUGGUGGUCCGACGUCAUUGUUUAUUCUAACCGAGGAUAACCCAAUUAGAAAGUACACACGAUUCAUCAUAGAAUGGCCGCCCUUUGAAUACGCUGUGUUAUUGACAAUCAUAGCCAACUGUGUUGUGUUGGCACUAGAGGAGCACUUGCCAGGGGGCGACAAGACAGUAUUGGCUCAAAAAUUGGAAAAAACGGAGGCCUAUUUUUUAUGCAUUUUCUGUGUAGAAGCGUCGCUCAAGAUCCUCGCCUUAGGGCUUGUUCUGCAUAAACACUCCUAUCUCAGGAAUAUUUGGAACAUCAUGGAUUUUUUCGUUGUAGUUACGGGAUUCAUGACACAGUACCCACAAAUAGGGCCCGAGGUAGACCUAAGAACACUUAGAGCCAUUCGUGUGCUACGGCCCUUAAAAUUAGUGUCUGGAAUUCCUAGUUUACAAGUAGUUUUAAAAUCUAUAAUCAAGGCGAUGGCACCUUUACUGCAAAUCGGUCUCUUGGUGUUGUUUGCAAUCGUAAUUUUUGCAAUCAUUGGACUCGAGUUUUAUUCGGGCGCACUGCAUAAGACUUGUUAUAGCUUAGAAGAUCCAAACAAACUAGUGAAGGAGGGCGAAUCAGAGACGCCUUGCAACACGGACAACAUCCUGGAAAAGGCCGCCGGCUCCUUCGUAUGCAACAACACCACGAGCAUGUGUCUGGAGAAGUGGGAGGGACCAAAUUCAGGUAUCACGAGUUUCGAUAACAUCGGAUUUGCCAUGUUGACCGUAUUCCAAUGCAUCACCAUGGAGGGCUGGACGGCAAUACUGUAUUGGACCAACGACGCAUUAGGUUCAGGAUGGAAUUGGAUAUAUUUCGUGCCUCUUAUAGUUAUAGGCUCAUUUUUUAUGCUCAACUUAGUUCUUGGUGUCCUUAGUGGAGAGUUUUCGAACGAACGAAAUCGUGUCGAACGUCGCAUGGAGUUUCAAAAAUGCCGCUUUCGGGCCAUGUUUCAGACAGCAAUGGUCUCGUACCUUGACUGGAUCACACAAGCAGAGGAGGUAAUCCUGGCCGAGGAGCGAACAACCGAAGAGGAGAAAAUGCACAUAAUGGAGGCUCGAAGACGAAAUGCUGCCAAGCGGAAAAAGCUGAAAAGCUUGGGAAAAUCCAAGUCCACAGAUACAGAGGAAGAGGAAGCGGAGGAAGAUUACGGAGACGAUGGUUACCUCAAAACGCGCUCGAAACCCCAAGGAAGUUGUACUGGAUUCUGGCGGGCGGAGAAGAGGUUUCGUUUCUGGAUCCGGCACACGGUGAAGACGCAGUGGUUCUACUGGUUCGUCAUCGUCCUCGUCUUUCUGAACACCGUCUGUGUUGCCGUCGAGCAUUACGGCCAGCCCUCGUUCCUCACGGAGUUUCUGUACUAUGCUGAAUUCAUCUUCCUGGGACUGUUCAUGUCGGAGAUGUUCAUCAAGAUGUACGCGUUGGGGCCCCGCAUCUACUUUGAGUCGUCGUUCAACCGAUUUGAUUGCGUUGUCAUUAGUGGUUCGAUAUUCGAAGUGAUCUGGUCCGAGGUGAAAGGCGGUUCGUUUGGUCUGUCUGUGCUGCGUGCCCUGCGAUUGCUGCGCAUCUUCAAAGUCACCAAGUACUGGUCGUCGCUGCGCAAUCUAGUCAUCUCACUGUUGAACUCGAUGAGAUCGAUCAUCUCAUUGUUGUUCCUGCUCUUCUUGUUCAUCCUUAUAUUCGCCUUACUGGGCAUGCAGUUGUUUGGCGGCCAGUUCAAUCUGCCCGGAGGCACGCCCGAAACGAAUUUUAACACUUUCCCGAUAGCACUGUUGACUGUAUUCCAAAUCCUCACUGGCGAAGAUUGGAACGAGGUCAUGUACCAGGGCAUCAUUUCUCAGGGUGGUGCGCAGAAAGGAAUGAUUUACUCUAUAUACUUUAUCGUUUUGGUACUCUUCGGAAAUUACACGCUAUUGAAUGUGUUCUUGGCUAUCGCCGUUGAUAAUUUGGCGAAUGCCCAAGAACUUACAGCAGCCGAAGAGGAACAAGUCGAAGAGGAUAAAGAGAAACAACUGCAGGAGCUCGAGAAGGAGAUGGAGGCCCUCCAGGCGGAUGGAGUUCAUGUGGAGAAUGGCGACGGUGCUGUCGCCCCCAGCAAGUCCAAGGGCAAGAAGAAGGAGGAGGAGAAAAAGGAGGAGGAGGAGGUGACCGAGGGUCCCAAGCCGAUGCUGCCCUACUCAUCGAUGUUUAUACUAUCACCAACCAAUCCCAUACGACGCGGCGCCCAUUGGGUGGUUAAUUUACCAUAUUUUGAUUUCUUCAUUAUGGUUGUCAUCUCAAUGUCAUCAAUAGCAUUAGCAGCCGAAGAUCCCGUUCGUGAGAACUCGAGGCGAAACAAGAUAUUGAAUUAUUUCGAUUAUGCAUUUACCGGCGUAUUCACGAUAGAAAUGUUGCUGAAAAUUGUAGACUUGGGUGUGAUCCUGCACCCUGGCAGCUAUUUAAGAGAAUUCUGGAAUAUUAUGGAUGCUGUGGUCGUUAUAUGCGCUGCUGUUAGUUUCGGUUUCGAUAUGAGCGGUAGCAGCGCUGGACAAAAUUUAUCGACUAUUAAAUCGCUACGGGUAUUGCGUGUACUGCGCCCAUUGAAGACCAUUAAGCGUGUACCGAAAUUGAAAGCCGUGUUCGAUUGCGUCGUGAACUCAUUGAAAAAUGUUGUUAACAUUCUAAUCGUGUACAUAUUGUUUCAAUUUAUAUUUUCUGUUAUUGGAGUACAAUUGUUCAAUGGAAAAUUUUUUCAUUGUACGGACGAAAGUAAACAUACUUCCGCAGAGUGCCAGGGCUACUACUUCAAGUACGAGGAGGAUGAGCCGCUGCCAAAACAGGAGCAACGUGUCUGGAAACCGCGGGCUUUCCACUACGACAAUGUGGCCGCUGCGAUGUUGACCCUGUUCGCCGUUCAGACCGGCGAGGGAUGGCCACAGGUCUUGCAACACUCAAUGGCUGCCACUUAUGAAGAUAGGGGUCCAAUCCAAAAUUUCCGGAUCGAAAUGUCCAUAUUUUAUAUUGUGUAUUUUAUUGUAUUUCCGUUCUUCUUCGUCAACAUAUUCGUGGCCUUGAUUAUUAUUACGUUUCAAGAGCAAGGCGAAGCUGAGUUACAAGAUGGCGAAAUUGACAAAAAUCAGAAAUCCUGCAUCGAUUUCACUAUAGGAGCCCGUCCCCUCGAACGCUAUAUGCCCAAGAAUCGGAACACCUUCAAGUAUAAAGUGUGGCGCAUUGUGGUGUCCACGCCGUUUGAGUACUUCAUUAUGAUGUUGAUCGUAUUCAAUACCCUAUUGCUGAUGAUGAAGUAUCACAAUCAGGGCGACAUGUACGAAAAGGCGCUGAAGUACAUCAACAUGGGAUUCACCGGCAUGUUUAGUGUGGAAACGGUGCUCAAAAUCAUUGGAUUCGGUGUUAAGAACUUCUUCAAGGACCCGUGGAACAUAUUCGAUUUGAUCACCGUUUUGGGCAGCAUUGUGGAUGCACUUUGGAUGGAAUUCGGGCACGAUGAUUCGAACUCAAUCAACGUCGGCUUCCUGCGUUUAUUUCGAGCGGCGCGACUUAUCAAAUUACUUCGACAAGGAUACACGAUUCGAAUUCUGCUGUGGACAUUUGUGCAAUCCUUUAAGGCACUUCCCUAUGUCUGUUUGCUUAUAGCCAUGCUAUUUUUCAUAUACGCCAUUAUUGGCAUGCAGGUGUUCGGGAAUAUCAAACUAGGUACGGUGGAAAAUUCCAUUACUAGACACAACAACUUCCAAUCAUUUGAGCAAGGCGUCAUGUUGCUAUUCAGGUGUGCAACUGGCGAGGCCUGGCCCAACAUAAUGCUGGCAUGUUUGAAGGGCAAGGCCUGCGACGAUGACGCCGAGAAGGCACCUGGGGAGUACUGCGGAUCCACACUGGCCUACGCCUACUUCGUAUCGUUUAUAUUCUUCUGCUCCUUCCUGAUGCUGAAUCUGUUCGUCGCCGUCAUCAUGGAUAAUUUCGAUUAUCUCACCAGGGACUCCAGCAUAUUGGGUGCCCAUCACUUAGACGAAUUUGUGCGCAUAUGGGCGGAAUAUGAUCCAAAUGCGACUGGAAAGAUACACUACACGGAAAUGUACGACAUGCUGAAGAACAUGGAUCCACCGUUGGGCUUUGGCAACAAGUGUCCCAAUCGACUGGCCUACAAGAAACUGAUUAGAAUGAAUAUGCCACUGGACGAUGAAUUGAGAGUUCAGUUCACCACAACGUUAUUCGCUUUGAUUCGCGAGAAUCUCAGCAUCAAAAUGAGAGCGCCUGAGGAGAUGGACCAGGCGGACAUGGAACUGCGGGAGACCAUCACGAACAUCUGGCCAUUGCAGGCGAAGAAGAUGCUGAACCUGCUGGUCCCGCCCAGCGAUCAGCUCAACAAGGGCAAACUGUCAGUGGGUAAAAUCUAUGCAGGUUUCCUCAUCCUGGAGUCCUGGCGCAGCACGCGGUUCGGCCAACUCGAUUCGGGAAUGCCGAACUGGAAGGAGCGGAAGAAGCUGGAGCACGACGAUGAGCAUAAAUAUAGCCCAACGGCAGUCGAGGAGCCGAAACAAUCAUUCUUUAACUGCCUCCUCGAUAUGGCCGCCCUUGACAAAGGAGGAUCGCGUCAGGGCUCCAUAAGUUUCGAGCCGAAUGGGGAAGGAGCCGCCAACUCACAAACACAUUUGUUAGCCAGCACGCACCACCACCACGCAAACGGUGAUGCCGAACACAACAGUUUGGCAACACUGGCACGGCGGAGUACGAUCAGAAAGCGAUCAGUUAGAAACAAAAAGAUGCUGGAGCUGCAGGACGCAUCGAGACACCCAUCGCAGGAGUCGCUAACCGGUGCCGAUGCUGGCCAUCUACAUCCUGGACAUUCGUACAUGAAUGGCCAUCGGCGAUCGCCUAGCCUGAGGCACAACGGCUCUCCACUGGCCAGAUCUCCGAGUCCUCGACGGCGUGGCCAUCAAUACAUACAUCAUGAUAUCGGGUUCUCCGAUACCGUAUCUAAUGUUGUAGAGAUGGUCAAGGAGACUCGCCAUCCUAGGCAUGGCAACAGUCAUCCGCGGUAUCCAAGAGGUUCAUGGUCAGCAUCGACAAGUCCGGCCCGUUCGCCUUCGCCUUCUCGAUAUGGUGGUCAUUUGUCUCGCAGUAAACGCACUCAACUGCCUUAUCCCACAUAUGGGACAACCAGUCUAUGUCAAAGAUCACGAUCGCCGAGUCCCGCUAGACUUCAGGAGAUGCGUGAACGAGACAGACUUGGUUAUGGGAUUGAUAUGGGUGUAACGCAUGUACAGCACAGUUACCCUACACUGGCCUCCCGAAGAGCCGGCAUCGGAAGACGGCUUCCUCCGACGCCCAGCAAACCGUCAACACUGCAGCUCAAGCCAACCAAUAUCAAUUUCCCCAAACUGAAUGCCAGUCCCACACAUACACACCACUCAACGCCCCACAGUGUUCACUCGCUACCACACCACCGCGACCUGCUGCGAGAUCCGAGGGACAUGUACUACAGUAGUAGAGAACGCGAGCGGGAUCGCGAACGCCUUAGGGAUCGGGAUCGGGAUCGGGAUCGCGAGAGGGAUCGCGAUCGCCUGCACGAGUACGACCUGCGCUACGAGUACCGGGAUCGGGAGCGGGAGUUGUACGAGCGCGAAAGAGAUCGCGAGCGGGAGGUCGAAAGAGAAAGACUGGAAUAUAUAGCACCGCUGUCAUUCGAACAAGCGCUGGCUAUGGGCCGAACAGGUCGUGUACUGCCAUCUCCAGUUCUAAAUGGUUUUAAGCCAAAGAGUGGUCUGAACCCUCGACACUCCGAUUCGGAUGAGGAGGAUUGGUGCUAGCAAAGGCUUUGAUUGCGAUCGCGUAAUCGAAAGGAUCAGAUCUGGGUAUAGCAUCAGGCCAUUUGCUCCUCGUUGUCAGCACCAAACUUAGAUCACAAUUUUGAUACGAUACGACACAGCUAUCAGAUACCCGAACAUCAGCGAACCCAUCCAUACCUUUGUCCACUAGUACACCAACACCAACACCAACAUUUACACCAACACCUACACCACCUACACCAACGACCACACCAAGAGCAGCACCUAUAUCAAAGGUAUGGCACGAACGUAUCGACACCGAAACUAGGAACAACUAUAUCUGAUAUCAAAUUGGCUGGAGUUAGCUUACAGGAAUUAAACCCAAAUCGACAACCGCAAUCGCAACAGAAGCAGGAGCAACAAUUUCAUCAGGAUGGGUGGCUCAGAUGGUACCGGCAAGCGGUUCCAUACGGAUCCCCGGUGAUGGCAUCAUUACCGGAGACCAGAACAACAUCGCCCCACUCCGAUAUCGAAUUCAUUAGAAAUAUGAAGAGAAGUGAAACCGGAACAACUGCAAUAACACCAAGGACAACUAAAACUGAAGCAAUGAUAUUAAGCGUACCAAUUACAAUAACGUCCCCAUUAGCUAUUAAAAAGAUAUAUUCAGAUAAUGACAUUAAUUAUAAUACCGAACGAGGAACUGACAAUGACAGAGUGGAGGAUGCACCAGCUCAUCAUUAUCGCCAGCCAGAACUAACUACACCAGAUCUACAACAACACGAGCCACCACUGCAGCAGCAGCACCAUCAGCACGAUCCGCAGUAUUCGUAUCAUACGCUCUAAGGAGGACAGGAUCAAGAACGAGCAUCCAUUAUCCAAAGUUCAUAGUCCAGACACCAGUAUUCAGUAUCCAGAAUCCAGAGACUAGUAUCCAGAAUACAGAAUCCAGUAUCCAGAAUCAAGUAUCCAGUAUCCAGAAUCAAGUAUCCAGAAACCAGAAAGCAGAUCCACUAAAAGUGCAACUUUAAUUGAAACUCAAACUGAAACUGAAACCGAAACCGAAACGAGGUGUAAUGAAUGUGUGAGAGACCCUAUUCCACGCAAUGGGAGUAGAAGUGGGGAGAUUGUAAACAGAUUAGAGCUACUAUUUGCUUAGAAAUAGGAGUAGACAAGAACAUAAUUUUAGAUAUGAAUAUGAUCAAGUGUAUUGUACUUUUUUUUAAUGUAAGGGCAAGUCUAGACGAAGAGCACAUCAAAAUGAAGCUAACGACGAUAACAGAACUCUUUCAAGCAGAACACACACACACACACACACACACACACAUAGAUCUAGGUCGAAAAUACAUAGGAAAUAAAGAUUGUAGGUACUCGCAUACAUUGUAAGUUAUCUAGGAUUUAGCUCGAGGAAUCGGUACGAUAAUCUGCAAGCGUUUUUGACUUGUUUGUAUUUAAAGUUAGUCAUUCAAUUGUAUGUGUACUUAAAUGCGGCAUUUUAUUUAUUCAAUGUACAUACCAGAUAAUUGUAGAUAUCAAAUAGCUUCUUUUUUUUUUUGUUUUUUUUUUUGUAUGUGUAUGUAAUAUAUUUACCUACGACUACUAUUAUAAAUACUUUCAUCAAAACGAAACCCGAUAGCGAAUAUUAGCGCAAUUUAAUGCCCUACGAUUUGUAUAUUCAGUUCUGUAUUUAUACUCGUGCGGAUACUUUUUUCAAUGAUUAGAAGAACUCCACACUAUAUGGCAAAUCCAUCAUAUUGAAUCCGAAACUAAAUCCAAAUAACUCAAUUAUGACCAAAGCAAGUAUCUGUAAAGUAAGCAUCGUUCAGUGCCAUUUGUGUAUACAGACUUUAGCAAUUUACAAUAGCUUAUUUAUCAUAAUCUUUCCCUUAGCAAAUGGAACGUUGUAUUCAUAGUUUUCAUAGUUUUCAUAGUUACUCUGUAAUCUGCAAGAAUCUGCGAAGAAAGGUUUAUGCUUCUGUUAAUGUAUUUCGUAUGCUGAAAUUAGCUCCUCGCAAACUUUCCGAUCAGUUGAAAGAACUCGAUGUCCAUAUGUAUUUAUAUAUAACGAGCAGGCCAUUGUUUCCACAAAACAUAAACAUGUGUAGAUAUAAUAUAUACACCUCCGACUCCUCAUACUCGAAUUGAAUGUGUAAAAAUGUAAUGUGUAAAAAUGCAGAGCUCAUGGCACACCAAACGUAAUGAUGUAUUCAAAUAUAUAGCCAUGCACACAGCCCCUCCAACUCACUACCAGAAAAUGCAGUCAUCAUGUGUAUAGAUAGACGAAUCGUACAUGUUGGACGACGGGAUAUCGAAGAGCGCACAAUAAUUGUAAUUUAAAGAAAUGAAUCCAUAACUUAAGUAAAUAAUUAUAGCAGCUGAGCAGUAAUGCGAAUUUACACAGCAAAUGAACUUACCAUUACGAAUAUGUCGAUGACUAGCGUAGAGUGCAUACGGAAGUAAAAAAAAUUCAAAUGAAAAUUAAAAUGAAAAUGAAAUUAAAUGAAAUGAAAUGAAAAACAUUUAGCAAACAGAAACACUUGCCCUAAACUAACUUAACUGAGCUGACUUUAGCUGUGUACGAUACUUAAAUAUUAACUGAGCAAUACUGAAUAGGGAAAACGACUAACCUAGAAUCGAUUAACCCAAAUAUACACUCAAAAAAACGGUCAAGAUCGCCAUUCAACUUAGAAACUCGCCAUUUUAAGAUGUCUGUGGCUGUGAGCCGUAAGUUUUAAAAAUGCCCCACAUUUUCCCAACUUUCCAAAACUGAAUUUUUAUAACUGUUACUUGUUACCUGUUUUAUUUUGAAUUUGCUGGUUUCUUUGUGUGAAUACAAUGUUUUAUUUUACAGGAAACUUAAAUCACAAGUCUUGUUAAUAUCAUUUUUAAACCAAAAUUUCUCGUAACAUUUCCUGUGUGUGUUUUUUUUUUAGAACAUUUCAAUUGUUGAUUUUAUGGCGAUUUUCUAAAGUCUAGACAAGGAGAGGGGAGUGUGAGAAAGGUAACCGACAAGCGUAUUCUUCUAUAAUUAUCUUAAUUACGGAUGCUGACAAACAUACAUUGAAGAUAUAUAUACACGCCUACAUAGAUAAAAUAUACAAUAGUUUAUAACUAGUAUCAAAUAAAAUGGGAACUCCAUCGCUACGAAAAAAAAAAAAGAAGAAAAAAACAAAGAUCGCCGAUAUAGAAUGAAUCACUCUCCAAUGAAUUAAUUAAUUAAUUAAUUGUAUACACGUUGCACGUUGUAUUUCCGAGGUUCACUUUUGACUACUUCCAGUAAAAGUUUGUCCGCGUGGCAAAUGUUUCAAGUCCUCAGUCCUAGGCUAAGAUCCGAUUUUUUACCUUCAUUUUGCACCGCUUGCUUAACAUUAACAUUCGAAUUAUAACUAGCGAUAUCCCCACACCAGUAGAGUUCUUGGAAGGGCAGCUUAGGGCUCAUUAGCUCAAUUACUACUACUGAAUCAUUGCCCCGAUGCCAAAACUAAACAAAAUAUAGAUAAAUAAUAAAAAAAAACACAAAAUACCUACCAAAAAAAAACAAAAAAAUACAAGAAAAAACCGAAACCAGAAAAGAAAAAACCAAAAAAAAAAAAGGAAUAGAAAUGAGUACAAAGUAUGAAGUUAGUUUACUGACAUGCAUUCAGUAUCAGACGUUUAUCCAGUUCAUGAUGCCUAUAGAGGAAAUAUUUAGUUAGCAAAUAUAUUGGCAUGCUCCGGACCAUCCAUUUCAAUUCGAUUCCAUUUCAAUUCUAUUUGAUUCAAUCCGCUUUCGUCCUUCGAAAAAGGCUCCCAGCUGGCCGACCGCGAACUCUGCCCAACUUUACUCCCACAACAUACAUGGUACUCCCACUCGUACGUACUCCAAAAAGUGUUUAGGUGCCAGGUGCCAUUUGCCAUUUGCCAGGUGCAGGGAUCAAAUAUCAACAUCACUUUUCCGGGGAAGAACAAUUCGGGCACCACGUCCCGCCAUUUAACAGAAAGUUUUAAGCAAACAAUAUAACAAACAUUUAGUUACACAGUGCUGCGAUCGAUUGUUCUUCCAGAUCCAGAUCCUCGCAUUCCCUCCCCAGUUCGAAAUGCCAUAAGAAGCAUUGCCCGAUCCAGAUACAGAUACUACAGAUACAUAUACAAAUACAGAUACAGCCACAUAUACAGAUACAGAUACAUAUACAGAUACAGCUACAGAUACAGAUACAGAUACAUAUACAGCUACAUAUACAGAUACAGAUACAGCUACAGAUACAGCUACACCUGUGUUCCCCAACUCAUGUCCUACUUCUUACUGGCUUACUUCUUUCGAAACAGCAAACAUUUAACCACAUUUAACCCAAACUCAACGAUUCGACUGUAUAUUUUGUUAUUUGUUUACUGUCUGGUGUGAGCGGUUACAUGAAAAACAAACCAAAAAAAAAACUAAACUUAAAACCAAAAACGAAAAACCAAAAAAAGAACGGAAACAAGCAAAAGUAAAAUGGAAAUACAUAUAUGUAAGUAGAUCUGACUUUUUUUUACAAAGCAACAAGAAUAUAUAAAAUAUAGGAGGUGAGUGGGGAUGAUAUGCGAAUAGGAGAGGAAACAAAAUUAAUAAUAAUGAAAUUAGUUUAAAAUUAGAAGAAUGUAACUGUUACGGCUAACAUAUACAUAAAUAUAUGAAAGCAAACAAACAAAAAGAAAAAACAUGAAUAUAAAUAUAAAUAUCUUAAUUUAAUAUACUAAGUGAAUAAAGCAGUUAAAUUAAUUACUAAGAUACGCUAGAGAUAAUUAAACUACAUUUAAUAAUUAUGUAAUUAUAAAGAUGACUCGUAAUUUAUAUACAAGAUAUACAUACAUAAACAUAUAAUAACAUAAAUACCUGCCUUCAACAAAUUUGUUAAUAAAACUAUUAAUACUUUCUUAUUUUACAUAAAGUAAAGGAAUACCAUAAUAAAAACAAAAAAAAAA